CCUGAUUCGACUCCAAUAUUGACUACAGCGCGACAGAUCAUCGGAACCCAUUUCCAUCAUUAGGAACAUGUCGAUGAACAACACCUCUUCUUCUUCUUCCUCCUCAUGCAACAAUUUUCAAUCGACCCGUCUGAAUGGUGGUGGUCAUGUUGACUUGGCCUGUUCUCAAUCUACAUCUGCAGUGCAAGAAGUCUCUGGGCAAGGACAACAACCUCAACAACCUCAACAACCUCAACCACCACCACCACCAAAACGAAAAAACAAUCCAUCGAUUCGACCUCUACCUGCAGAUAAAGCUUCGAAUGACCGUGGGACGCGGUAUCCUAUCGGACUGCGUGCACAGGCUCUCACUCUUCACUCCAUUGGUUUUCACGCUCAUGACGUCUCUCGCAUAUCCGGAAUUCCAAUACGCACUGUCUACGGUAUUGUGAAAAAGGCCAGGGAACGAGGAUACGAUCCGCGGGUUGAUCCCCGAAUCCUCGAUUAUUAUGUCAUUGACGGAUUCAAGGCCGGCAGACCAAAGAAGAACAAGGGGGCUGAUGAAAGCGAUUCCUCUAGAACUGUGUCUACACAGCCCUGCGAGGAUGUAGAGCCACAUACAGAUCAAAUGAUUUGA